AUGGAGGAGCUCAUCCCUAGGGGAUAUAAAUUUACUCCGACUGAUGAGGAGCUGUUAGACUAUCUCCGACGCAAGGUUGAAGGGGUUCAUGUUCAUCAUUUACACGAUCAUGAGAGAUACUUUUUUGCGCAGACAGUUCAAGUAUCGAAAUCAGGUAAUGGGAAAAGAGUGAAGCGGGACAUGGAAGGAGACUCUGAGGGAGGGUGGUGGAAAGCCACGAGUGGAGAUAAGAAGAUUGUUGAUAAACAAGACAGUCGUAUCACAUUGGGUUACUUUAAGACAUUGAAGUUUUUUAAAUAUAAAGAUCGUAACAGAAUCCGUAAUCAAGCUUACUGCACCGACUGGCUUAUGCAUGAGUACAAACUCACCAAUCAAACUUUCCAGGAAUGGGUUAUUUGCCGCAUUAAAGACAACACCAAGGAUAAAAAGAUCAAGGCGGACUCUAAUUUAACUGCGCAUCUAGUGCAACAGCCAGUAGUACUACCAGCUGUGGCUAUUCAUAAUGAGGAGAUCAUUUUGACCGGCACUACUACUGAUCAUGAUCAUGAUCAUGAUCAUCAGGACCAGCUCCAACCUCAACCUGUCCUUGAAUCAUAUCAUAUUAAUUCUCAUGUGGAUGCAAUCAGCACCGUUGAGGGUGAUCAUGAACACGACAAGAGUAAGUUCGUAGAUGAUAAUAUGGAAGAACAGCAUGAUGAAAUAUUGAAGCAAAUACUACUUGAGCUUGACGACGUUGAUGACAGUAGUACCGAAAGUGAUGACGAUGAUGAUCUGGACCAGCUCCAACCUCAGUUUGCUCUCGAAUCACGUCAUAUGAAUUAUCACGGCCGGGAUGCAGUCAACACCGUUGGAGAUCGCCAUCACGAUCACGAUCACGAACAUGACAUGAGUUUGGGGGACAACAGCGUCGACCUUGAACAACGUGAUCAAAUAUUUAUGCUUCAUAAUCCUACCACUGAGCAACAGUUAGAUCAACUAGUUCAAGAACUCCAAUUAGGACCACAGCCAUUUCUUGAGCCUCAUCUCGAUUGGCUGGAAACUCCGAUGGGCUCCAUUGAUCUGGAGUUCCAAUUCCCACGUCUACCAGACGAUUUCUCCGACAUCGAAGCCUUUCUAUGCAGACUGUAG